GCAUACAUACAUCCAUUCUUCAGUUCAGCUAGCCAUUGCUAAGCCUGAAAGGUUCGUUGGUCUCGUCGAACGCUUAGCAAGGAGCUGGGAGGAGCUCUGACGACGGAGCCACUGAAAGAGAUGAGGAGGUUUUCUCUGCAUGCCGUGAGAUUUCUCGUGCUGUGGACGCUGCUGCAGUGUGGCCAUGAGCUCGUUGCGGCGGUGCCUCCUGGUCAGUCCCGGUCUCGAAACCAUGGCUGGUACGAUUACACUGCCUACACCGAUUGCAGAGGCCAGCCGGAGCCGGCGCUGUACAACGGCGGGGUUCUGCGGUUCGGCAACAGCGACGACCCGACGGGCUACCGCACGACGGAGACCGGUGUCUUCUCGCCGGCGUACGUGGUAUACAACCUCAACAAGACCACCAUGUACACCUUCUCAAGCUGGGUCAAGCUGGAAGGUGCGUCCUCUGCUCUGAUCACGGCGAGGCUGGCGCCGGACAAUGCCGGAGCGCGGUGCAUCGGCACGGUUCUUGCAAGGAACGAUUGCUGGGCCUUCCUGAAGGGCGGCUUCGUCCUCGACUCGCCAACACAAACCUCCGUCAUCUUCUUUCAGAAUGCUGACAAGAGCCCUAUGAAGAUCACCGUCGCCAGCGGUUCGCUGCAGCCGUUCACGCCGGAUCAGUGGUCCAUGCACCAGAAAGACACGAUCCGGAAGAGGAGGAAGCGGAUGGCUACAAUCCACGUUGCCGAUCAGCAGGGCGCGCGCGUGGUUGGUGCGUCGGUUUCCGUGAGACAAACCGCCAAGGACUUCCCGUUCGGCUCGGCCAUCGCCUCCACCAUCUUGGGGAACCAGGCCUACCAGAAAUGGUUCGUGGAUCGGUUCAACGCGGCGGUGUUCGAGGACGAGCUGAAGUGGUACUCGACGGAGCCCAUGUCGGGGCAGCUGCGGUUCGACGUGCCGGACCAGAUGCUGGCGUUCGUGCGGUCGCACCGCGUGAUGGUGCGCGGGCACAACAUCUUCUGGGAGAACCAGGACGCGACGCCGAGCUGGGUGAAGGGCCUGUCCCCGGACGACCUCCGCGCCGCCGUGAACGGCCGGAUCCAGAACCUGAUGACGCGGUACCGCGGCGAGUUCGCGCACUGGGACGUGAACAACGAGAUGCUGCACUACAACUUCUACGAGCAGCGCCUGGGGCCCAACGCGUCGGCGGAGUUCUUCAGCGUGGCGCAGGACGCCGACCCGCUCGCCACGCUCUUCAUGAACGAGUUCAACGUGAUCGAGACCUGCGACGACGUGUCCUCCACCGUGGACACGUACGUGGCCAAGCUGAAGGACCUCCGCAACGCCGGCGCCGUGCUGGAGGGCAUCGGCCUGGAGGGCCACUUCCUCAAGCCCAACAUCCCACUCAUGCGCGCCGUGCUGGACAAGCUCGCCACGCUCGGCCUGCCCAUCUGGUUCACGGAGAUCGACAUCAGCAACCGGUUCGACGCGCAGACGCAGGCCGUCUACCUGGAGCAGGUGCUCAGGGAGGCCUACUCCCACCCGGCCGUCACCGGCGUCAUGCUGUGGACGGCGCUGCACCCCAGCGGCUGCUACCAGAUGUGCCUCACCGACUGGAACCUCAAGAACCUCCCCGUCGGCGACGUCGUCGACCGCCUCCUGCAGGAGUGGCAGACGGGGCAGGCCGCCGGCCCCACCGACGCGCACGGCGCCUACAGCUUCAGCGGCUACCUCGGGGAGUACAUCGUCUCCGUCACCUACGACAACAGCACAUCGCAGGCCACCUUCUCGCUGUCUCCCGGCGACGAGACCAGGCACAUCAACAUCCAGAUUUGACCACUCCUGA